AUGGAACACUCAUUGGUCUUAGAUAUGGGUUCUUAUACUACUAAGGCAGGGUAUUCGAAUGGAAAAAAGCCCGAACACUUAAUUCCAUCUUUGGUUGGUAACAUACGUAGUAAAUUUGUAGAUAAAUUUUCAAAAGAUACCUAUGUUGGCCAAGAAGCUCUUGAGACUAUCGAAUAUUUAUCACUAAGGAAAGUUAUUGAUCAUGGUUAUAUUCAUAAUUUUGAUGACUAUGAACUGUUAUUACAAAAUGUGUUCAGUAAGUUUGGAUUGGAGUCACUAAAUGAUACUUGUAUACUAUUUUCGGAACCUAUUUUGUCACCAUCAAACACACGACAUAAAAUAAUUGAAAUCGCAUUUGAGACCUUUGAUGCCAAUACACUAAAUAUAUCUCCGGCCACUUUAUUGGCAAUUUAUGGAAUUGGAGAGAUUACUGGUACAGUAAUAGAAAUAGGCGAUGGCAUAACACAGUGUGUACCAGUAAUAGAAGGGUAUGUUGAAAAGCAAUCUGUGCGUCGUAAUGACUUUGGCGGGGCAGAAAUCAGCAGAUAUUUACAAAAAUUGCUAGCUCUCGCUGGUUUCCAAUUCUCAACUCGCAAAGAAUCUACAUUUGUCUAUGAUAUAAAAGAAAAGCUCUGUUUUUGUUCAUUGAAUCCAUCAAAGGAUGAAGUGAGGACCGAUCUAAAGGCGGAAUAUGUUCUUCCGGAUGGCUAUACUUUGGCAGAUGAUAUUGACACAGUUUUUAUUGAAACGGAAAGAUUUUACGCUCCCGAAGUUAUAUUCAAUCCAGUGAUAAUGGAUACUGAAUGUCCAAAUAUCGUUUCUAUUGUCUGGGAUAGCAUACAAGCUUGUCCAGUGCAUCAAAGAAUGGCAUUAACGUCGAAAAUAAUACUUUCAGGUGGUUCCACAAAAUUUGAAAAUUUUCCACAAAGGUUACAAGUCGAAUUGAAAAAUGUCGCUCCGCAAGGAGCUAGAGAUAUAGUGAAAGUGAAUGCUAUUGAGGAAAGGGAGUUUUUGCCAUGGAUGGGAGGUGCCUAUUUUGCAUCAGAAACCAUGAGACAGGCCAACAUCAACGCCUGGAUUACUUCUGAAGAGUGGGCUGAGUCUGGCAUCACCAUAAUCCAGAAAUUCGCACAGAUUUAA